AUGAUUUGCCGACAACCUUGGAAGCCUUCUAGUUUCCUGUUCCUCGUCUUCUUCUUCAUUGUUUGCAUCGAUGCUAAAGACGAUGAAUUUGUCAAACUGGUCGGUCUAGUCCCCGUCAGAGACGAGGCUCACCUGCUGCCGUCCUGCCUGCGAGCUCUUGCCAAGAUUGUUCACGCCAUCGUCGUUCUGGACGACUGCUCAGUCGAUGGGAGUGCGGAGGUCGCGUACAGCCUGGAGGAGGAGUGCAGGAUAGAGAGGGUGGAGCGAUCAAGAACAUGCAGGACCGAUGGGGGAUCAGGGGUCGUCCUGCCGUUCUGGGGGAGCGAGGCCGAUCACAGAGCGUAUCUACUGGAGCUUGGGAGGAGCGUCGGAGGAACUCACUUCCUUGCCAUUGAUGCGGAUGAAGUUGUUGUCGUGGGAGAGGGAAAGAUGGGAGAGAUGAAGGAGUUCAGAGACAUGUUCUUGAACUUGAAGCCAGGAGAUCUAUUGGUCCUCCACUACAUCACCAUGUUUUCAUCAUCCAAGGAGUACCGAAGUGACAAGUCAGACUUCAAGGCCGUGGGAGGAUACCUUUCUUCGAGCGUCCCGGAAAGGUUCUUACAUGUUUGCUACUGCCACGUUGUCCUUUCGUCUCCUCAAUCUACUUCUUGCAAGGUGUGGGAGUUAAGAUUCGACCAGAAAACUCACCCGCCCUCGGUCGCUGUGCUCCAUUUCGGGUUCAGCAACCUUGCAAACGCAAGGAUGAAGAAUGUCAUCUACAACUUCUUCGACAUCGUCUGCUAUCUCAUCUACCCUGAAGACGAGAAGAGACAUGAACGAUGGGCUGGAAAGUCAGGGUUUAACAUCAGCAUCGGAAUCUUCGAUCAUUCAGACUCGUCUGGCUCGUAUGCCCCGCCAAUGGGAAAGAUGCCUGCAAGGUAA